AUGUCAUCAACUUACACGACGACUUCUACAGCCACCCGCAAACCUUACCAUGGUUCCUGCCACUGCGGAUUAAUUCGCUUCGUGAUAUUCGUGAGCCUUCCACCCCCCGUGAUCGAAGCAACACCUUCUGCAAAAACUACCGUGCGCCUCCGCAAAUGCAACUGUACCACCUGUCAUAAAAUGGGUCUUUUCCAUAUCCGACUUCCGGAUUCUCCAAAUGAUUUCAUGCUUCUAAGUCCCACAGGAAUGCCGCAUGAACAAGGUGGAUGGCAGGAUCAGGGAAUGAGAAAUUACCAAUGUUUUGACAAAGAGCUUGAUUGGUGGUUUUGUGGUAUUUGUGGUGUAAGACCUUUCGCAACUGGAUUGAAUUUUCAAAAUGGAGAAACGCGGAAGGUAAAUUUGAAGGAACUCGGGGUUACCGAGGUUAACGGAGAGGAAGUUGAAGAGGGUGAAAGAGAGGUUUGGAUGUGCCCGAAGGAAGGAGCGGUGGAUGGGAAGCCAACUGAGUGGAUAGAAGGGAAGACGGGGUAUUUGUCUGUGAAUGCCAUCGCGUUGGAAGCGGGCCAGGAGGGAUGUGAUCUGAGGGAAUGGCAUGAGAAGGGAUGGAUUAGUUACCUUGAUAUGUUGGAUCUGAAGGAGGAAAAUAGGCUGGGUAGGCCAUGGAGGGGCGGAAUGUAUUGA